AUGUCUGGGUCUGGAGGGUCGGAGGUGAGGACUCCAAUUUUCUCCAGUGAGAACUACGAGUUUUGGAGGAUUAAGAUGACAACGAUUUUCAAAUCGCUUGGGCUAAAGGUGUUAAUAAGUCUUAGUAGAGUAUAUGAUCCUAUCUGCUUGGUGAUUGAAAAUACAAAGAGUUUGGAGACUAUUGAAUUGCAGAAGGUUAUUGCAAUAUUGAAGAGUCAAGAGCAGCGGUUUGAUAUGCAUAAUGUGGAUAUAGCUGAGAAGGCAUUUGGUUCUUUCUCAGUUGAAACAAAAGGGCGGAAUAAGAAUGGUUCUCAAACUGGUUCUGCUAAGUCUCAGAAAAAUUGGAAGUCGAAUAACAAACCAUGGGAGUCUAGGCAGAAGCCACAGCAAGCUGGUGCUGCACAGACCUCAAAUGGAUCACAAUAUGUGCAUCAAGAUGGAGUGAAGCCUCAAUGCAAAGUUUGCUCGAAAUUCCAUUUUGGGGAAUGUAGAUAUAAGGGCCAAUCUAAGUGCUAUAAGUGUGAUAGAUUUGGACAUUGGGCUAGAGAUUGUACUGCAAACAAAGGAGUGCAGAAAGCAAACAAUGCAAGUCAAGUAGAAGUAAGAGGAAAUCUGUUUUUUGCUAAUUGUGCAAUUUCAGAGAAGAGUGCAAAUGGAGAAUGGUAUGUAGACAGUGGCUGCAGUAAUCAUAUGACUGGGAACAAGGAGCUGUUAAUUGACAUAAAUCCAAGUGUCACAGGCAAGGUACAAAUGCCAACAGGGGAGCUUGUAAGCAUAGCUGGCAUGGGCACUUUAGUGCUUGACACAAACUCUGGUACAAAGUUUAUCAAGGAGGUCAUGUAUCUGCCUGGUUUGAGAGAACUUGUUAAGUGUGGGUCAAAUGGAUGA